AGAUUCUCCGAUACCGACCGACCUGUCGAUUAUUUCGGUGAACAAUUACGUAUGGCAGGAUAUAAUUAUUACGGUAACGAACCCAUGUAUUCCGGUAUAACAGGACAAGAAUUCAGUGCGGAUAUAUAUAUCGGAUUAGUAUAUUAUCAAAGGUUGAGACAUAUGGUCAAUGAUAAAUUUCAAGUCAGAACCACUGGACCUGUUGAUCCUCUAACCAGACAACCUGUCAAGGGUCGUAAACGUGCAGGAGGUAUCCGAUUCGGUGAAAUGGAACGUGAUGCACUAAUAGCUCACGGUACUUCUUUCCUCCUACAAGACAGACUC